AUGUUUGGAUCAUUGAGAGGUUCACACAGUAACUUUUUCGAAGAGACGAGCGAAGAUGUUAAAUCGCGGCUGAGGCUUAAACUCGACGGAACCGAGUGGACUGGACAAUUUGACCGAGAAGCGAGUUUAUAUAGUCUGAAAUCGAGGGGAAUUGUCAUAAAUCAUAGACCAUGUCCUUGCUCUUGUACUAAAAUAAAGAUGCAAGCUGAUAUUUUUACAACUUUAGUGGAUGCUCAAUGGCGCUGGACGCUGCUCGUGUUUUCAAUGAAUUUCCUGCUGUCUUGGCUUGGUUUUGCUAUCGUGUGGUGGUUGAUUGGAUACGUCCAUGGUGAUUUUAAUGAUUAUCAGUCUCGUGAUUUGAACAAAACUUUCAUCCCAUGUGUUGAAGAUAUUCAUGGUUUUACGAGCUGUUUUUUAUUUUCCGUUGAGACUCAACACACUAUCGGGUAUGGCUCGAAGCAUACCACGGAAGAAUGUCCGGAGGCUAUUUUUAUAAUGUGUAUCCAGUCAAUGACUGGUGUUAUUCUCCAAGCAUUCAUGGUAGGAAUAGUGUUUGCGAAACUAUCUCGACCUAAAAAGAGGACACAAACUCUACUCUUUUCUCGAAACGCAGUCAUUUGUCAACGAGAUGGACAGCCAUGCUUAAUGUUCCGAGUGGGAGAUAUGAGAAAAAGUCAUAUUAUCGAAGCUCAUAUUCGUGCUCAAUUAAUAAAUAAAAAGGUAACUAGAGAAGGAGAAUCUCUUCCAUUCUUUCAAACGGAACUCAGAGUAGGUGGUGACGGUGAAGAAGAUAAAAUAUUUUUCAUUUGGCCUACAACAAUCGUUCACAAAAUCAAUCAACUUUCACCUCUCUAUUAUCUUUCAGCAAGUGAUAUGCUCAGGGAAAGAUUCGAAAUUAUUGUAAUGCUAGAAGGGGUAAUAGAAUCAACUGGGAUGACUACACAAGCAAGAAGCUCAUAUCUUCCAUCAGAAAUCUUGUGGGGUCACAGAUUUGAACAAAUUAUUACAUUUAGAAAAGAAUCUGGUGAAUAUGAAGUAGACUACACGCUUUUUAACAAUACAUAUGAAGUUGAUACACCUCUGUGCUCUGCAGCCCAGUUAGAUGAAGUUAAAAAUAUAGAUCACGACAAUGAAGACUUACAAUCUAAAUCGGUAACGUAA